AUGGCCGUCUAUAGUGAUAUUCGGCCACUCGACACGGUGGUGGGCCUCAAAACAUACCAUGCCACACAGCCAAACAAGUUGGACAUCCAGGUUGGCGAUACCAUCUAUGUGUUGGCCAAGUCAGAAACCGGAUGGUGGGAUGGUGUGACGUCCAAGAAGGGUGUCAUCCGUCGUGGCUGGUUUCCAGGCAGCUACACCCGGUCGACCAAACCCGAAACCAAGCCUGAAAGCAAACCUGAAAACAAGCCCGAGUUCAAUCCCGAGUUCAAUCCCGAGUUCAAUCCUGAGUUCAAUCCUGAGUUCAAUCCUGAGUUCAAUACCGAAUACAAUCCUUACAAACCCGAGUACAAAGAUGAAUCCGACCAGAGUAACGAAUCCAAGAGUGAAUCCAAGAAUGAAUCCAAGAGUGAAUCCAAGAGUGAACCCGCCGACCGAAAUCCCACAAGUAUCGCAGACAUACUCGAGAAUCCGCUCGCUACACGCUUGCAGAGACAAAUGGGCGACGUGACGGUGGUAUCGGCUAAAGAUGCAGAGUCGAUGCUCGCAGUAUCCGCCGGCGCGGGCUCGCACGUUGCGCGCGUGUGGAUCCCGAAGUGCACGGCGGAAGGCGAGAUGAUCUACUACAACGAGUUUCUCAACGUUUUCACAAAAGAGCUCCCGCUAGUGGAGUUUCCCGAGUUCUGCAACAACGUGGAGGUGGACUUCCCGAGCAACGAGACGUUCGAGCGCCUCAAAUACACUGCGCCGGCGCUUGCACACAAGAGCUCAGUCGCUAGCACCGUGAGCCAUGCGAGCAUCGCGACGAGUCUUGGGAGCGACGAGCUUCGCAAGCCACGGCUGUCAUACGGCAGUACCAUGUCUGAUGCGCUGCGCAUGCGUGCGCGUGCACUCCAACAGGACCCCGGCGUGUUCUACGCAGACCCGACCGACAUCACGACAUGGGACUCGCUCAAGCGUGCGUUCCAGGAGCUCCUCAAGCACUCCAUCGACGCGCUUCGCCGCGAAUCUAAAGAACUCUUCACCACACACACGGGCCAUCUCUCAGUGCUUGUGACAAUGAUGCAGCUCGCGUGCCGCUUCUUAUUCCGCGAUAUCGAGGACGCAGAGCUCGACGGGACAGUGUUCCGCAAGCUCCGGCGCAUCGCGGGCGCGCUUGCGCAGUUGUCGAUCAACGGUAACUUAUACUUGUUCAUGGAUAUGGGUCCACUCGCACAGAGCGAUGAGCUCUUUGUGCUGGCGAUGGCCGCAUUAAACAAGACAGGCACGAAACACCUGCUCACGACCGUGCGCGGCAACAGCUACGCGAGCCGCGCGAGUGUGAGCACCACGCGUGCGAGCAUCGUUGCAGGCGACGGGCUCGCGAGCCUGCCGGAGCCGUUUGAGGCCGCGGACCUGUACCUCGCGCAGGCUGGCAAGGAGGCGAGCGUGAUCAGCAAAAACGUUGCGGCCAUGGUACGCAUCGUUUCGCAGCUCGAAGGCACGCGUUCAUGUGGGCACGUGCUACCGCAGGUGUACCCGCGCUUCCUCGCAGAUGCGUUCGACGGCGCAAACUGGAGCAACCCGUUUUUCAUCAAUGCGAACCCGGCGUUCUCCAAGAGCCGCGCAAAACUCCGCCGCAAGCAGCGCAACAAAUACCUUCUCGACCGUGACGUCGCGGAACGGCUUCAACGUAGUGCUUCGCGCUUGAACGAGCUCUUAACGGAGAUCUGGACGGUGCUCGGAACCGCGCGCAAUGCACGCUCGAGUACGCGCAACUCGCAGAUUCUCAUUCUAACCUACAAAUCCCUCGCGUAUUCGACCAAGAUCAUGCAGAUCCUCGACUCAUUCGACUUUUCUGUAUUCGAGAUGAUGCCGCGCGACGUGCUGGUGAGUGAGAAUGCCACCCCACGAGUAUUUUCGUUCGCGUACCCGGUGCUCCUUGAAUUCUUCGAGGCCAAGCAAGAGCUCCACGACGCGAUCGCCGAAAGCAUUAUGGACGCGCAGGCGCUCACCCUCGAUGACCCGGACGUAUUCCGCGGCAUGUUACAGAACCUCGACAGCACAGGCACAGGCGCGCCUACUGAGCGCCUUGCGUACAAGAUUAAGACCGCAGUGCUCACUAAGCCAAAUCCGAUGACGAGUCUGAACGCCUCGAACACACACGUGCCAUCCGUGGGUGUGCACACACUUGUUACCGAUACUGACGCAGAGCUCCGCCGUUCCGUCGAGAAAGUUUUUAACCGUACGAACUUGGUGUUGUACAUCGUGCAGCAGUUGAUCGAGGAGCGUGAAACGAUCCUCAACUGUGCGACACGCAUGAUGAACACAGACCUCGGCGUGGAGCUCAUGAAUGUGCGCGCAGACGGCGAGACCGACUCGGAUACCGACUCCGAAGGCGAGGUGAAUGUGCGGCGUCUCUCGCGCGACGUGCCAUGGUUCUUGGAUGACGAAGAAUAUGAUGUGCUCUUUGAUUCCAAAGGGCACGUGAAGGGCGGUACCGCGCACGCACUCGUGUGCCAUCUUGCACACCACGACUUUGUGGACACACCCUUCACGGUCGCUUUCUUGCUCACGUUCCGGAGCAUUAUGAGCUUGGACGAGCUCGUGAGGAUGCUUAUAGAGCGGUUUAAUGUGUCGCCGCCGGAGGGCUUGAGCUACGAGGAGUAUAACAUGUGGGUCUCGCGCAAGGCGGCUCCGAUUCGCACGCGUGUAAUUGCGGUAAUGGUGACACUCUUGACACGCUUCUGGUGCGCGCGCUAUUACGAUGUGGCAGUGAUGGCGCGCUGGCUGGCGUUCGCACACGAUGCUGUUGCGCGUGACGCGUCCGCGCGUGACCUCAUCCGCUUGCUCGAGGAGCUCGCGGCCGGUCGUGCCGUGUACCGCCGCACACCCGCUGUCGCGGCGGCCACCAAACCGCCUGCGCCGAUCCGCCCUAGGAGGAAACUCCACAAACUCUCCGAUAUUGACUACAUCGAGUUCGCGCGCCAACUCACUAUCAAGGAGUCCCGCCUUUACAAUGCUAUUGACCAGUUCGAGUUCCUUUCCAAGUGCUGGGGGAAAAAGUACGGCUUCGCAGUCGAUGCUGCGAACUACGUCAACAUCACCAAUUUCAUCGACAACUCCAACUGCCUCACAUCGUUCGUCACUUAUCUGGUACUCCAAAAAAAGGAUCUCCGCAAACGUGUUCAGAUCAUCCGUUUCUUUGUCCAGGUCGCUGACAAGUGCUGCCAGUUCAACAACUUUUCGUCGAUGACAGCCAUUAUCUCCGGGCUCUAUCUGUCGCCAAUCCACCGCUUAAAGAAGACGUGGGCCGCGGUGCCGCCGGCCAUCACCGCGAACCUCGAGCGCUUGAACAAGAUGAUGAACCUGUCGCGGAAUUUCAAUGAGUACCGCGACAUGCUCAAGUUUGUCAGUGACCAGCCGUGCGUGCCGUUUUUCGGGGUGUAUCUCUCAGACAUUACGUUUACAUCGCAGGGGAACCCGGAUUUUCUCGCCUCGUCGGGCAUGGCCACUUCGAAAGCGGUGAACUUCAACAAGCGUAGCAAGAUCUAUGAUAUUGUGGCAUCUGCAGAACGCUUCAAGACUGUGGCGUACAACUUGGUGCCGCUCGAGGAUGUUCAGACGUUUAUCACUGGUUUGUUUGGGGGGUUGCCAAGCAUCGAUUCGCAAUACCAAUUAUCAUUGGUAUUGGAGCCUAGAGAAAGCGUAACGGAAGCGUUAGCGAAGAAGGGGAAGGUUGGGAAAGGCAUAGCCGCUACUGUGGCCACGAUCGCAAACUCGAGUGGGACACAGCUGCCUGCCACACGGAAUACACACCCUGCCGCAAGGCGUACACUUCCACAGACAAUGCACCCAUAUCUUCCGUUCUAG